GGCGCCCUGUUUUCACCGGCGUGCAUAAGAAAGCACGUAUCACUUAUUUUGAUUAUUUUUGAGCUAUCAUCGCAUUUGCUCAGGCCAUUUGCUGGAUGUUGCAGUGAUAAGUUAUUUUGUUGUUUUCUUCAUCUGAUUUCGAGCACAACAGCUUAAACAGGUCGCAGCUGUCAUGCUGGGUCGUCAGGAUCAGACCUUUGAUGCUGACGUGGUGUUUGUGGUGGAGGCGACGGCCCUCAAUGGCGCCUACCUGCCAGAGAUGCUGGACAAUUAUAUCAAACCCACCUUGGAAUACUUUUCCAAGAUGGCCACUCCUCCAAGCUCGGCAGCAGAUCUGGCCAAGUAUGGCGGCCGUCUCUCUGGCACUCUGUUUACCCUGGUGACAUUCACCGCGGGGGAUGGAGUUCCAGAUCCGCCUGUCAACUGCUGUCACCCCACACCGUCCACUGACAAGUUUUUACAAUACCUCGAGCAUGCUGAGUACAUCGGCGGCACGUGCGACAACGUCUCGUGCAUCGCCGAAGGUGUGGCGUGCGCGCUGCAGUGUUUCGACGACCUGAAGCAGCAGCUGCGGGAGCCGUCGUCCUCUGGGCCGGCGCAGCGCCACCUGGUGUUGGUGUGCAACUCGCUGCCGUUCCAGCUGCCCGUCCAGGAGACGCCCAGCUUCCUGGGCGCCGGCAUGGACCAGCUGAUCGCCGGCAUCCACGAGCGCUCGAUCUACUUCUCCGUGAUGUGUCCGCGGCGGCUGGGUGGCAUUCAGAAGCUGUUUGAGCAGGCGGGAGGCGACGUGGCGCUGAACCACGCCAAAAACUACACGCGCGACCCGCACCACCUGAUUCUGCUCAACAGGUUCAGUCUGCAGGAGCAGGCGAGCAGCCAGCCGCCGCCGCAGCAGGUGCCGCAGCAGAUGCCGCAGCAGAUCGUCAUCUCGGCCGGCAUGCAGCCGCAGCAGCAAGGCGCGCCCAUCAACAGUCUGACGCCGGGGAUGAGCCAGCCGCCGCAGGGCGCCAUGAGCCAGCCGCAGAUGAUCAUCAACAUGGCCCAGAUGCGCACCACCACGCCGCCCAACCAGCGCGCCAGCCCGGUGCCCAGCCAGGGCUACCAGCACCGCCCGAUUAUGGUGCGCGGUCAGCAGAUGAUGCAGGCGGGCCGUCCGACGGGCCCGGCCGGGAUGCAGGUGAUGUCCGGCCUGCGCCAGCAGGGCCCGCCCAACGUCACCGUGCAGACGCCGGCCGGCCAGGGCCUGAUGGGCGGCCCGCAGCUGUGGCAGGGCCAGCAGAUGGGCCAGCAGCAGGGCAUGACCGGUAUUCCGCAGACGUCGAUGCCCCAGUCAGUGGGCGUUCCGGCGGAGAACUCGGUGCUCAGGUCGCAGCUCAACAAGCCGCCGAUGGCCACCAAUCCACAGCCGAACCAGGUCUUCCUUCAGCAGCAGCAGCAGCAGCAGCAGCAGCAGCCGGGAAUGCAACAGGUGCCCGGUAUGGUCGGUGGUAUGAUGCGGGCGCAGGUGCCGCGUUUCGGCAUCCAACAGCAGCAGCAACAGCAGCAGCAGCAGCAACAACAGCAGCAGCAGCAACAGCAACAGCAACCCAAGCCGCCCCAGCAGCAGCAGGGUAUGGUGGGCCAGCCGGGGCCCAGCAUGCAGCAGCCGCAGUUCCAGCAGCAGCAGCAGCAGCAGGCCCAGCAACAGCAGCAGCAGCCUAGGAUGCAGCAGCAGCAGCACCCGGUGAAGAUCUGGGAGGGCACGCUGGAGUGGUCCGAAAAGAGGAUGGGCGAGGCCAACAAGCAGGUGCACUCGAUCCCGUGUCAGCUGAGCUGCAGCGCCAACGCCAACGGAGAGCCCGAAGUGAAGGCGGACAACUGGCCCAACAAGCUGAUGAUGCAGCUCAUCAACCGCAACGUCAUCAGCACCAUCGGCAAGGCCUACUUCGACAACAUCCGCUCGGUCAAGUUCAACCUGCAGCCGUGCGAGCCGCUGGAGCGACUCAGCCAAGUGAUGAGCAGCGGCAGCACCGGCUGCGUCUACUUCAACUCGACCACGCCGACGGACGUCAAGGUGAUGAUGCUGCUGUACGCCGCCGAGAAGCAGACCUACUUCGGUUUCAUCCCCAACGAUCAGACCGGCUUCAUCGAGAAACUCAAGGAAGUCAUGGCCAAGCAGAAACAGUAUCUGACACUCAAGCAGAGGCACCAACAACAGCAGCAGCAACAGCAGCAGCCGCCAGGCGGCGCCAUGGCCGGUCCGCGACCCAGCGUGCUGAUCCAGCAGACCAACCCGAUGACGCUGGGCGGCGGCCAGCUGUCUCAGGGCGAGACAGGCGGUGUGCGCGGCCGCGCCCCUCAGACGGCCGGGCCGGCCGGCGCGCGGCCCCCUCUGAUGACGCACGGCGCCCAGUUCGCGGUGGGCGCCGGCGGGCCGCAGAUGCAGAUCAACAUGAACCAGCAGCAGGCGCAGCCGCAGCAGCUGCAGCAGCAGCUCCUCCAGCAGCAGCAGCAGCAGCAGCAGCCCCGGCAGCAGAUGCCCGCUAGCAACGUGCCGCAGUGUCCCGCGGUACAAUACCCCGUGUCUGCCGCCGAGUGCGGCCGCCGGUCCGGCUCUGAGUGUCCCGUGGUACAAUACCCCGUGUCUGCCGCCGAGUGCGGCCGCCGGUCCGUCUCUGAGUUGUGCCGUGCCGUGCGGCAGGGCGCGCUGGCCUCCCAGCUGGCCUCUCAGCCGACGGGCCACGCCGAGCGGCACCAGAACCUGAUGCAGAUGCAGCAGCUGCGGCAGCAGCUGGCCAGGAUGGCGCAGAAGGAGCUGCAGUACAAACAGCAGCAGGACCACGUCCACCACCAGUUCCAGCCGGGCGCCAGCGGCCAGAUGGUUCAGGGCGCCGGCGGUCAGAUGGUGCAGGGCGCCGGCGGUCAGAUGGUGCAGCCGGGCGGCCAGAUGGUGCCGCCGGGAGGCGCGCAGUCCGCCGCCGGCGGCGUGGUCUCCCAGCAGGGCGCCGUGCCCGUCCAGGCGCGCCAGCAGAUGGAUUCGGCGCCCGGACUGCGCACCCUGCUCCAGCAGAACUACCGGCCCCAGAUGAUCCAGCGGCCGCCGGGGCCGAUCGGUAUCAUGAUGGGCGGCCAGCCGGGCCAGAUGGCCCCGCAGCAGCCCGGACAGAUGGACGACCCGGGCAUGCACGACUUCCUCAACUAGAGCGGCGCGCCGCCGCCGGCCGGCCGUACCGGGGGCCUGGUACCGGGCGGUGUCGCCGACCGUGUGUGUGGCGCCGGCCGGCGGUCGGCCGACACCGGCGGAGGCACCCUCCCGGACGGACCGUGUGACGCGCCGGAGUCGGCCUGCGUCUCCCCCACGGACGCCGCCGCUGGUCCCGCGGCUGGCGAUGCGGCCCUGUCCGCUGCUGCCGGCUCGGGGACUGCCGCCGCGACUGUGAUCGUUGGAGCGGCUUCUUGCGCUGCCGCCGCUGCUACUGUGAUCCCUGCACAGGCUUCUCCCGCUGCCGCCG